AUGCGAUUACUAUGGUGUGUGUUCAUCGAGGAGCCUGAGACACGCAUCUGUUAUCUUCGAAUUCCCAAUCGACCUCUGGCAACCGUUUGCGCCUUGUUCCAGCUGACGGUUUCGUUGGCUUCUCUAUUUCAGCAUGUGUUUUCAAUUUACAAACAUCAAGACGUCUUUCUGUGUCGUUCAGGCAUAUCCGCUAACGCGACCAUUGAGGAGAUGUACAUGGCCUAUGAUGUGAUCAUCUUCGACUUUGGUUUGAUGCAUCGAGUGCUGGGAACAGAAGAGUGCGUCGCAAAUUACCUAGGUACUCUAUAG